AUGCCAGAGCUGGGGGUGCAGAAGGUCGUGGUUCACCCCCUGGUGCUCCUCAGUGUGGUGGAUCACUUCAGUCGAAUAGGAAAAGUUGGAAAUCAAAAAAGAGUUUUUGUGCUCUUAGGGUCAUGGCAGAAAAAAGUACUUGAUGUAUCCAACAGUUUUGCAGUCCCUUUUGAUGAAGAUGACAAAGAUGACUCGGUCUGGUUUCUUGAUCAUGACUAUUUGGAAAAUAUGUAUGGAAUAUUUAAGAAAGUCAACACCAGAGAAAGAAUAGUUGGGUGGUACCAUACAGGCCCAAAGCUUCACAAGAAUGACAUUGCUAUCAAUGAGCUCAUGAAGAGAUUCUGUACUAACUCAAUACUGGUAAUUAUUGAUGUGAAACCAAAGAACCUGGGACUGCCCACAGAAGCAUAUAUUUCAGUUGAAGAAGUUCAUGAUGAUGGAACUCCAACCUCCAAGACAUUUGAACAUGUGACCAGUGAAAUCGGAGCAGAGGAAGCAGAAGAUGUUGGAGUAGAACAUUUACUUCUAGACAUCAAAGACACCACAGUUGGCACCCUUUCUCAGCAUAUCACGAAUCAGGUCUAUGGCUUAAAAGAACUGAACUCCAAGCUUCUGGACAUCAUGGGCUACCUGGAGAAAGUGGCAAUGGGCAAGUUGCCCAUCAACCACCAAGUAAUCUACCAGCUACAGGAUGUCUUCAAUUGGUUGCCUGAUGUCAACCUGCAAGAAUUUGUCAAGGCAUUUUACCUGAAGACCAAUAACCAAAUGGUGGUGGUAUACCUGGCCUCACUGAUCCGUUCAGUAGUUGCCUUUCACAACCUCAUCAACAACAAGAUUGCCAACAGGGAUGCAAAGAAGAAAGAGGAGCAGGAAAAGGAGGAGAGCAAAAAGGAGAGGAAAGAUGAUAAGAAAGAUAAGGAUAAAGAAAAAGGAGAUGCUAAGAAGGAAAAGAAAAAG